UCAGUUGCAAAGAAACCAAGGAUGGCUACUGACAACUCAAACCGGGUCGGGUUGGUGAUAUCCAGAACGGACUCCAUUCGGGUUUUCCUCGCCGGAGCCUCCAACGACCCGAGUCUCUCCGAUGAACUCCGGCAAACAUCCUCCGAUCUGCUCCUCCAAUCCGAGGUACCGUACGCGCCACUUCGUGCUGUCUGGAUGGCCUCUGAUCCAUCCACCAGACCCGAAUUGACCCGACUCUUCUCGGGUACCCACUUUGUGUUCUCCAGCCCAAAACCCAGAGAGAAGAGUGAAGAAUUGAAGGCAAGGCUGAAAAAGUUGGAAGAUUUAGCAGAGAGGAAAGCGUAUCAAGAGCUUGUGAAGGAUAUUGCACCGAAGAAUGAUGUUGAGGAACCAUUCUCUUCUUACAAGGAUCAAUUAGGAUUUGGUUUGCACGUUGUGGUUACCAUGUUUACUGGAUAUCUUCUCGGAUAUGCUGCAUUUAGAGCGUUGUUUAAUCACAGUCCUGCCAUGAAUGCUGCUGGAGGAAUUCUCGGAUUGGUGGGUGCCAUGCUUGUUGAGACUUUCCUAUUCAUUAUUAGAAGUUCCGAUGCAGAUGUCAACAAAACAAGAAGGUCCAAUCAAAAGCCAAUAUCAUCCUUUUCCACAUCCAGGCUCAAGAAAAACCAGUAGACAUGAUCAGGACAUGAAUAUUGUCUCUGAAAAUGGAAUCUACCUUGUAUUCCAAAGGGGUAGUCUGGCCUAUCUGGAUCCUCAUUAAGGACUGUGGUAGUGUUAUGCUUUCACCUCAACCUGACAUGACGUGAUAACCUUGUCACCCCUCCCUGCACCACUGAAGAAAGAAGUAGCAAUUCUUUCUUAACUGACCUGAGUAUUUCAUGAUCUUUGGCCUCUUGAGAUAUAGCUGUUGAGGACUAUGCAGGGAUUUUUCUUUUUCCCAUUUGUUUUGACUGGAUUAUAAUUAGGAAGGUACAUGUAAUGCCCCCAUAAACUGCGCCUUUUAGUUCUGAUAAGCAGUGAAUGCAUAUGUACAUGGUGCUUGCUCUGAUUCUUAUUGUUUUAUUUAGUUCAAGAAGUUGAGCAAUGGAGCAGCGCACUUCCUACUGUUGGUCUUAGAUUUUUUGUAAUAUAUCAUGCCCCUUUUGAAUGUUUAGCAUAUGGUUUGAGUAAAUUAGCAC